GCCAACCCCUUUAUUAAGAUCUUCUACGAGACGAUCGGCGCACAACUUCAACCCAUUGAUCAGUAGCGACAGAAUACGAAAUAAUAUCUUCCUCAUCACCAUGUCUACAUCCCCUCAAUUCCUAUUUCUCCUUGUCACCACCUUCUUUCUCCAGUAUUCCUCCCACGUCGAUGCAACCGAAAACAAUACCAUAGACUGCGCCUGCACUGCGCCGCCGCCUCCUCCGCCUGCGCCGGGAUGCCUCAGCGAGAGUGAAGCGGUUCUGGAAGGAACCCGAACACUUUUGAAAAACAUUUCCUACGACCCAAACAACUACACCAAAUCAUGGGUAGGCGACAACUACUGCAACUUCAAGGGCUACUACUGCGACAUCGUCCCCGACCGACGAAUCACCGGACUCGCCGGCAUCGACUUCAACGGCGCAUCUUUUGGCGGCGUUAACACACUAGAUGUCGGCCCUUACAUUCAAAAUUUACCAGACAUUGCCAUCUUCCACGCCAACUCAAACAACCUAAGCGGCACAAUCCCUUUAACCAUCUCCAGGCUACGGUACCUCUACGAGCUCGACGUGAGCAACAACAGGUUCACCGGCGGGUUCCCGGCUGCGAUCCUCAGCGCCACCAAACUGACCUUCCUCGACCUCCGGUACAACUCCUUUUCCGGCACAAUCCCACCGCAGCUUUUCAACCUAAACCUCGACGUGCUCUUCCUCAACAACAACAAGUUCGGCGGCGGAAUCCCCGACACCCUCGGCAACACAUCGGCGGUUUACGUCACCUUCGCCAACAACGGGUUUACUGGACAAAUCCCGGGCAGCAUCGGGCUUGCCCGGAACCUGCGGGAAGUGCUGUUCCUGAACAACCAGCUGAGCGGGUGCCUGCCCUACGAGGUUGGGUUGUUGGGGAAGGCGACGGUAUUCGACGUCGAGUCGAACCAGCUGACCGGUCCGAUACCCCACUCGUUCGGGUGUUUGGCUGAGAUGGGGCAGCUGAACCUGGCGGGGAACCAGUUCUACGGGACGGUGCCGGAGUCGGUGUGCAUGCUGGGCAAGCUUUACAAGUUAAGUUUGUCAAAUAAUUAUUUCACGCAGGUGGGACGGCACUGUAGGAGACUGAUAGCGGAGAAGGUAAUGGACGUGAGGAUGAACUGCAUUUUGGAUCUGCCGGAGCAGAGAUCAAAGGCUGAGUGUGCGGCUUUCUUCUCCAAGCGGAGGUACUGCCCGCUCGAGCAGACGUUUACUAUUGUUCCUUGUACGUUACCUCCACCUCUGAGGAAUGGGUCGUCGGCUGUGCUUGCGGGGAAGAGGGCUGUGGCGCCAUCGCCGAUUACCUAUGCUGCCCUUGAAAGGAACCACCGAUGAAGCGCUAGCUCGACGAUGGCCGUAUAGUUGAGUUAUUAUUGUAAUUUAAUGAUGCAGAUCGUGCCAGUCUUAAGAGUCUGCACGCUGUGAUUCUGUUGGAAGGGUGCUCUAUCCUUCAAACUUAUUUCAUUAGAAUAAUGGUUGGCUUUUAUUUUAUUUCGUACGAGCUGAACUAGUGGCAUAGAUUCGACGAUGUCUUGAACAGGCCAAAAAUUAAUAAAUUAGCUUCUUUUUGAAA